AUGGAAUUGGUUUCUAAAUCCAGCAACAAUCCGUACCGGCGUUACUAUCAUUGCGGAUAUGCUGUAUCUAAGAAGCUCUCGAAUGACAACCACACUUUCAAGUGGGUCGAUGAGGCUUAUUUAGAUGAGAUAGAGGCAUUAAAAAUGAAAAAUGCUUCACUUGCGGCAAAACUGGAGACAGUUACAAUGGAGAGGAAUGAGUUUGAGAGAAUAGUGUUUGAGAAUGUGCAAAUGAAGCUUGAGAAGGAGAUUUUCGAGAGAGUUGAAGAGGCUUUGGUUGAAUCAUCUUCUACGAUGAAGAAAAUGAUGGUUGUUGUUGUUGUUUUGUGUAUGGGCAUGGUUGGGUUUAGUAAGCUCUUUGGUUGA